UUGCGAUGGCUCGCGAAAAAUAUCCUGGACUGCGGAAAAAGUGAUCAAAUAUCAGUGAAUUUAGCAUAAUAUAUAAACUAUAGUGCAUUGAUUAUUAUUAUUCGCAAAGCCGUGGACUUUAAUCAGUAAUAAAAGUGUAUAAAGCAGUUGAAAGUAAAGAUUCUUCGAGUUCAAGAUAUUGAACGCCUAUCUGCUCAAUUUUUUUUAGGCUGUCGUAUCAUAUCCAGUCUACAAUACAUUCACAGCAGUAAAGAAACGAAGGCUGCUCUUGAUACUGCUGCUUGUCCUCAUUGUCCUUUCUGGUGCCGUAGUGAAUGGACUGUUUUUAUUCUUUAUACGUUACGAUACAAGUAGGAGAGUUCUUUGGAAGAAGGAUCCAUUGGGCGUUGCAGAUCUACUUGUUAGUGGUAGUUUUCACUUGCAGACGUUCUAAACUGUGUUUCCGUGUGUGUUUCUACUUCGAUAUCUGUCGCGUACCACGAAUCUACACCUAUCUGCUGCAAUAUAGUGCGAAGUUUUGAACGAUCAAGACUGCAAAAUGGAUACUGCUCUGUGUAGUGAUGAAAACGUAGUUGUGCAUGACCGAUUCGAUGAAAAAAGCUGCCGAUUAUGUUGUUCGGAGGAACGAAGUGACCUCAGGUUGAUCUUUCCGGCAGACGUUUCAUGUAAUUCCAACAAAUUUCUCCUCGAAAAGAUCUUUGAAUGCACCGCAGUACAGAUCACCAACGAGGGGGACGAUCAGAACGCCCUAAUUUGCAGGGAUUGCGUUGACAAAAUAGAUGACUUCUAUACGUAUAGACAACAAUGCCAAGAGAACGAUGACCGCAUUCGGAAGCGUGCCCAUCGGACAUCCCAAAUCCGUGUUAAACAGGAAAAAGAUCUCCAGCUGGAGAUUACUAUCAACGAGUCAAUUCCAUCCUGUGAAGAUGAAUUCCUGCAGGAAGAAUCUUCACAACCUCGGCUUUCUUCCUACUCGACAGCGAACGAGUUCCAACACAGUUCGGAAAUUGAACCAGGUAAAGAUGGCGAAGAGAGUUUACUUCAGCCAAUGUCUUCAUCCACACAUCACACCAUUUCAUCAUUAAAUCAUCUUGCGCUAACUGACGAGAUUACCAUUAAACGUGAAACCAUCGUAGAUGAUGAUGACGUUUACUAUAACAGCGACGGAGAAAUUGCUGACCCUCAGAAGCAUUCGGCACAAAAUCAGACAGGAAAUCAGUUGGAAGUCACUGCAGGUAGCAGCAAUUGCACUAGUUCCAAAGCGCAGUAUCGCAUCGUAAUGAAUGCAAGUAACCGCGAACGAUUGGUUUACCAGGGUUAUCUAUAUUGUCGACAUUUUACUCGUCGCGAUGGUUCUAUUCACUGGAGAUGUAGACUGGGAGGUUGUCAGGCGGCAGUAAAUUUACAGUCGGAUGGCACCAUUGCACACGCAAAUACUCAUGGCCAUUGCCAUCCACAAAAUGGACUAGACGAUGAUAUUGGUGGUUUAGAACCUUCCGCAGUGGACGACGAAAACGAUAUACCGAUUGUUGACGACGAACCAUCUUUCGAACAUUUUGAGGAGGAUGACACACAAGAAGAUAUUAACGAUUCAGAACCUGUUGCCGUUAGUUCAGAUAGUUUGCAGAUUGUGCCCAACAAGAAAAAAGGGGAAACAUUGGUUCAUUUGGGAUUCAAAUACUGCAAACGGUAUCUUAAAAUGGAUGGAUCUACAUUCUGGAAAUGCCGUUCCAAUAACAAUAAAUGUUCAGCUGGUGUGUACGUAUAUCCGGAUUCUAGAGUCAAAUAUCAUGGUAUACAUAACCACGAAAAAGUCGUAAAUGAAGGACAAGAGGGAGAUCAUGAUAAUUCUAUUGAGGGAGAAAUGGAACAACCAUACACCAUUAUAGAAGAUGUCGAAGAUGAUGAGGAGCCAGAACAAAGUCCUGCUGAUGAUAUGGCCGCACUGCUGACAAGUAGUGUCGAGGUAAUGAUGCCUGCUGAUAAAAAACAAAUUAAGAAAGACUAUGAGAUUACUACUAAUGUCAAGGGAAGAGAAUGUUUAAUAUAUGAGGGUCAUCAAUAUAGCAAAGACAGAGAACGGGUUGAUGGAGCAGUUUUUUGGCGCUGUCGCCGGAACUAUGAUAAAUGUCGAGCAAUGGCCAUUGUAUACAACAAUGGUAAAGUUGAGAAGUGUGGCGAACACCACCAUGAAACUGAUAAACGGUAUCUCGAGCGACAGGAACAAGGAGCGGGUAGUCGGAUGUACCGCAUUACAAAGAACCAGAGAGGUAAUGAUGCCCUAGUAUUCGAUGGACAUCGUUUUAGUAAAGAAUGGUCACGAGUUAAUGGAUCCAUUAUUUGGCGAUGCUCGUAUAAAAGCGGCAUAUGUAAGAUGAAGGUGGUAUUGAACGCUGACGGAUAUGUUCAUCAUAUGGGACCUGACCACGAACAUGACCAUGAAAAAACCGAGACACCGGUUACAGAAGAGUACGCUAUUGAAGAAGACGUACAGAUAGUUGAAGAUUCCUUGAUAACUCCGGCAAGAAAUCAACAAAAAGCAGUUCCUAGUCAACCAUCUCUAUCAUGUCCAAAUUUUACACCUGAGCAGCAAGCCGCUGGAGGGUACCGUAUUGUUAAAAAUCGUAAAGGAUUUGAAGCUUUAGUUCACGAUGGCUUCCGUUAUUGCAAAGUGCGAGUUAGACAGGAUGGUUCAGUUAAAUGGUUAUGCAAGAUGAAUAAGAAAACUUGUCGCGCUGCUGUCGACUUGUUCCCUGACGGAUCUGUUGUUAAGGCCAGUGAGUAUGACCAUAAUCACGAACGACCUACAGACAUGGACACAAUCGAGGAUGACGAGGAAGCUGAAUCAUCGACAUUUGAAACCUUUUACCCGAUUGAUCCAGAAGUAUUUGGAAAUAGUCAAUGGUAUUAUGUGAAAAAUAGUAAGAAUGGAAUAAGCAUGAUUCAUGCAGGCUAUCGGUAUACAAAGAAGUGUGACCGUGUUGAUGGCACUUCUCUGUGGCGUUGUUCGGCGUCCCAGCGAGGUUGCAAGGCAGGAGUAAUUCUGUUUCCAAAUGACACGCUAGCUAUGGUUGAAAAUGCUGAGCACUCGCACAAACCGUAUGAAAGUGUCAAACCAUCAGAAAACGAGAGUGAAAUGUUAGAUACCAAAAAGCAGAAGACUGAUUCAAAUGAAGUCAACGAAUCGGAUAGGACAGCGGAUGAAAAUGAUAUUGCCAUGCAUUCAUUGUUGCAAACCGUUCUCGGUGGAGAGGAAGUUCCAUGGAUGGGAGGAGAAACAGAAAAUGAGCCGACCAACGAAUCAGUGUGGUUCAACAGUGCCGCGGAUCGACCAUACCCACGACCAAGUGGACCACCAAACUUUAGGAUCAUCAAAAAUCGUCGUAAUACGGACAGUUUAGUACAUCGGGGUUACCGUUACUGCAAGAUUCGUGAUCGACAAGAUGGGUCGAUUCUUUGGGCUUGCCAAAUGAACAAAAAAACUUGUAAAGCUUCAGUUAAUCUAACAACUGAUGGUCACGUGGAAGUCAUCAACGGCAAGCACAAUCAUCAAAAAACUGACGUUGACGAUACCGAUGAACGACAAAGAGAAAAUGUGGUGGACUCAGCUUCAGAUGUUGAAGUAACCGUUGAGGAACCAGCUAAACCACAACCAGUAACGAAACCAUCCCGACAUCCCGACUACUACUAUAGUGUAAACAAAAGCAAUCGAGAAUGCUUGAUUCAUAAAGGCUACCGUUUCUGCAAACGUAGCGAUCGUCCAGAUGGCUCAACGGUAUGGCGCUGUUCCAUGGGUGGCAACACAUGCAUGGUUGUAGUAACGGUAGCUGCCGAUGGUACUCCGGAACAAAAUUCGAUAAUACAUAAUCACCGGCCACUGGAAGAAUUGCCCCCAGCAAUUGAAAGAGCUGCUAAGCCUCCAUCACAUCUUUCAGCGACGGAGGAAUCAAAUCAAAAUUCAACAUUUAAUAGACAUGGUGACAGCCUUGAGUGGAGAGGAUUUCAUUACCGCAAAAUUAAGGAACUUCCAGAUAAGAGCAUCAUCUGGAUUUGUCAAGUCGACAGCUGCCGUGUGGCUGUGAAAAUGCUUCCGAACAAUCAUCUCAAAAUGCUGAGCGAAUCCGAACAUAAUCACACGGCACCAGGUACAUUGCCAUCAAAUUCUACUGGAAACACAUCCGGCAAAUCAGGCUCUACUCUGGCUGGAAAGACACGCAGCUAUCGGUUAUUCAAGAAUAGCAAAGGUCAAAUGACACUUGUAUACCAUGGUUAUCGGUAUUCUAUUCGUAAUCGUAACCAAGAUGGUAGCUCUUCUUGGAAAUGCCGUGCCAAUGCUACUUGUCGCGUUGUAAUUCAUCUUAUGCCCGAUGAUCGCAUCGUACCAGAAAAAGGCAAUUCGGAGCAUAAUCACGAACCCAAUAUGGAAACAAAUAAAAAAACGGAUGCAGUGGCUCAAACCAGAGUUAAUCCACUAUAUGACUACUUGAACAUAAUUCCAGGUGGAAGCACACAACCAACACAAUUACAGGAACCAGAAAUGGAAACAAACACAUUGCAAUCUGCACAACACACUUCUUCAGAUUCAACUAGCUAUGCACGAAACGUAAUUGAGCACAAGGGAUACUAUUACAGAUUAGUAGUGCGGAAGAAGAAUGGUCGCGAAUAUUGGCGUUGCGUGCACUUUAAAAACCGUGCCUGUCGUGCCGCCCUGUUUUGUCGAGAUAAUGGAACAGUCGUCACAUCCAGCAACGGAAAGGAGCAUUCGCAUAGCGGCGGAGCGAAUGGUAAACCAUUACCUUCGAUGGCCGGUUCCUUCCAAAACAAACCGUCGAUUUCAUCUGGAUUACUGCAAGGGAGAACAGCGGCUCAACCGUCUCCGCCUCAAGAGGUAUCGCUAGUACGUGGAGAUGAAGAACGCUACAUUGACCAUGGUGAUUAUGUCAUUGCAAAGAACCGUAAAGAUCAAAACACACUCAUUUUUAAGGAUCGGCGCUACUAUCUAUCCUACAAUCGAAGUGAUGGGUCAGCAGUUUGGCGCUGUGCCCAUCGUAAACGGUAUAAGUGUUAUGCGUAUGUACGGUUACGCCCAGAUGGACGAUUACUCAGUACUGGCGAACAUGAGCAUUCUCAUGCAAUAAAUAACUCAGGACAGGCUACAGUUACCACAUCCGUGGUUCCUGAAGCAAAGGAAACCAGGAACUAUAAAAUCGUGAAAAAUCGUGUUGGAAACGAUAUUCUGAUUCAUGACAAUCACAGGUUCCGUCUCAACUAUCAAAGAAACGAUGGAACUACACAUUGGAGAUGUAUCUGGGCGAGAAGCAACCACUGCUCUGCCGGUGUUUAUUUACUAAUAAACGGUGUUUUGAAGAAUGCAGCUAAUGAGGCACAAAUUAUUCACAAUCAUCCACCGCCAAGUCAGGUGAAAAGAACCACAGUUACAAAGGAUGAUACACAAACAAAUUCAGAAGACCAAAAUCACUCUCAAAGCCAUUCGACUAAUUCAAAUGGUGAUCAAAAUCGGACUAUUCCUGAAACCGAUGGUAUAACAGAUUACAAAUUUAUUGAAGAAGGUUCGAAUAAAAUUCUUAUAUGCCGAGGAUACCGCUACUGGUACACGUGGAUACGCAAAGAUGGGAGCAUUUACUAUAGAUGUGCUGAGGUUAAAAGGCUUCAAUGUCCCAUGGGUACACUAUUACUAUCCAAUGGAAAACUUGUGCGGGCGAAUGACCACUGCCAUAAUCAUGCCCCCAGUCAAGAUGAAGCAGAGGAAGAAUUUCUUGGAUUCCCGGUAGAUACACAAUCUUCAGUAGUAGUCCAAGAAGAUGACCCAUUAGAGCAACAUCCUCCUCUUCCAAUACCUUCUGAUGGAGACGAUGAUUAUAAAAUAGUAAAAACAUCACGCGGUGAAUCGCUGAUUUACCGUGGAUAUCGUUAUUGGGCGAAAAAUCGACUGGCAAACGGAAUCAUUUCACUAUGUUGCACUCGAAAAAAGAUGAAAAAAUGUCCUGCAAUGUUACGGCUUCUCACCAAUGGUCGCAUAAUAGAUCCUGUAGGAGUCGGUCAUACACAUUCGCCAAAUUGUGAUGGCAGCGGCAUGCCUGAGCUUUCUGUAUCGUCAACUCUAGUACAGGCAUCACCUAUGCAACCGAUUAAACUUUCAACCCCAAAAGAACAAGUUAAAUCGAAGAUGUCUUCGCAAGUAACGCCCAAGCUUCCAGCAUUAUCAUUCAACGAAGAAUCCGAGGAUGAGGCCGAGCAGGGUGAUGAAUCGCUUAUUGGAUCAAGAAGAUAUAUCUUUAUGAAAAGCUCAUCUCAACGGAAUUUCAUCGUAUUUGAAGGCUUUGUGUACGACUUUGAGCAUAAGCAACAUGAUGGUUGCGUGUUUUAUCGAUGUAAGACUAACGAAGCUUGUCCAGCUUCUUUAAUGCUACUUACAAACGGUCGUGUAAUGAACUUGGAUGAUUCUUUGCAUAUGCACGAGAAACCUGAUCUUUCUAAUCUACGAGAGGUGGGACGAGGUUCUAAGGAAUUCAAAAUUGUGCAGAACAAAAAUGGAAGUAACAUUUUAGUGCAUCGUGGUCAUAGAUAUACUACUCCUCGAGCAAAAACCGAUGGAGCUGGUAUUUGGUACUGUCACACUUACGUGCCAUCGAUUAAUCGUCGUUGUUAUGUUCCCAUUGAACUGCUUCCAAAUGGUCGAGUUGCGCCAGUGAGCGAAAAACAGCAUCACCAUUCAGCACCGUUCAAAACCAAACAGGAAAUGUCAGCCUCUCAAUCUACUGACGCGAAGAACACCAGUGUCAUCAUAAAAACUGAAAACGUAGAUUCUGACAGUAAAAGUGAUAAUCGUAUGCUUCUACUAGGAGGACAUCGAUACACCUAUGCCCACGAAAGAGACGAUGGAGCUGUGCUUUGGAAGUGCGCAAAAAGCUCAUGCAACGCUUCUAUGUAUCGUCUUACAGAUGGCCAAGUAGUGAAAGGGCCUGAUCACAAUCAUGACAAAUUAGGAACUUCAGACUCCCCUAGAGGUCACAAACGUAAACAUGCUGAACUUGAAACCAAACCAAAAACAUCUAGUCCAAUUGUCUCCGGGGGUGAUUCUAAUACUGGAUCGCCAGUAAAAGCUGAUCCACAUGGAAAACAUCCUUACAUAGGUCAAUCAAUCACACACGACGGUUACAGGUAUACUUUCUAUUUAACAAGAAAAGACGGCUCCGAACACUGGAGAUGUUGUCGUCGAGUCCCAUUGAAAUGCCGGGGAGGUAUUUUUAAACAAACUGACGGCACUCUAAUUCCAACAAAUGAUGAGGGCCACUCCCAUCCACCUGGAGAACAUGAUUCCGAUGAAACGGGAUUGAAACUAUAUACACUCCCAGAAGAUGUAUCACAGGAUUCAAUUGACUCUCAGGAACCCGAAGAAGCUACGGAUUCUGUUUCUUAUCUGGAAGAUGAAGGUUCCUAUGAUUAUGAAUUGGUUGACGUUAAAGGUAAAAAAAGAGGGUUUUAUUUGAUUCAUAAGGGAGCAAUGUUCGUGGCCGGUCACACGAGAAGAGAUCGUGCACGGUAUUAUCGUUGUCGGACGGUUGGUUGCAAAGUAGCGAUGUUAUUGCAUAGGAAUGGACUACUCGUUCGGACUAAUGAGCACACACACGACUGUCAGAAUGCUGUAAAAACUGACGAUGCCGACAAGACUGAUGCUGAUGAUCAUGACGAGGAGCAGAUUGAAUCUACCAACAGUAAAAAGCAGCGGAUCGCGGAGGAAAUUGAAGAAGACGAAGAAGAUGAUGAUGAUGAUAACGAUAACGAGAACAUGGGAGAGUUACCUGAAGUAGCUCCGCAAAAAGUGAUCGAAGAUGACCAUGUCACGAACGGCAGUGCAGAUGAUGUCGUGGUUGAAGUUAAGGAGGAACCUGUUGAUACAUGAUAGGCUCAUCCGUACCAAGGUAGUAACGCAUUUCAAUAGUUAUAUGUACGUAGAACUGCUGUUGUUCUUAUUUAAUAGGUAAGUAUUUAUCCAAUACCUUCUUGUAUUUAAAUUAUAUGCAAAGUCGAUGUAUUUCAUGUAUUCGAAGCA